AUGACAGGUUUGAUGCUGAUGGAGCUGACCGACAACGACGUCUCAGGUGCCGUGAGCCUCAUCUCCUUCCUGGUCCGCUGCGAGCAGGCGCCCUUCGAGAUGCAGGCGGCGGCGGGGCAGUGCUUGGUGCAGCUCACCACCGCGGACUCCGUGUUCUUGGCCCGCGCCGAAGGCCAUGAGGACUGGCAGAAUGAGCAGAUUACGAAGCUCACGGGCAUGCUGAACCGCCAUGUCAACGGGCUGAUCAAGGGCGUCAUCCAGUUCGACAUCGUGGAAGCCUUUGGACGCUGCAUUUGCCAACACCAGAUGAGCCAUUCGCGGACGGACAUCAUCGUGAAGCACUUCCUGACCACGAUUCACAAUUGCCUGCUGUACUGCUCGGAGAACCAGAAGAAGCUACGGCAACAUUUGGCCACUCAGAGCACCAUCGUCCAGGACAUCAUGAUCCCGUAUGUGCACAACAUCCUUCCAGCCCUUAUGGACAAUCCGGCAUGUGGCCCUUCGAUCAUCGAGUGGCAGAAUCUGAAGGCCGUGUUGCAGACCUUCGUAGUUGUGACCUUUAACAUCAAUGUCUUUCGGCCACAGCUCAGAGACUCUGACAUCAUCCCCAAGAUGUGCGAGGUGCCUCGCAUUUUGACGCACGUGUCCAUGCUGGAGCUGCUGAUCAAGCUGGCCAUUAAUGUGGACUACACCAAGGGACCGUUCUGUGACUUGCUGACGCAGCUGUUCCAGGGUGCCUUUGAACAGCUGCCGGAGGAAAGCCAGUCGCGGCUUCAGCGACGGCUGACCUGCGAGCAGAGCAUGCGCCUGCCUUUCGCGCGCUCCUCUGUGAAGGCCUGCGAGCUGCUGGCUUUUGCCUUGGCCGCCCCAGAAGAGGCGUCGGCGGAGGCGUCAGCGGCAAGCAAGACCCGUCGGAGAAACAAAUGGCGGCACAACAAGAACAAGGCGAGGAGGAGGAAGAAGCUCUUCGCCAUGCAGGCUUCUCAUCAAAAUGAUGAAGAGCCUGAGGCAGACGAUGAGGGUGACGAGGAGUCAGAUGAUGAUGACAUGCCUCCACUGGUCCCGGCGGAUGGCUGGGAGAGCCACUUGGGUGCUGCAGAUGAGGCGGGGGUCCCUCAGAAGGCAGUAUGCCAACUGAGUGGCGCGCUGAUGCAUGACCCUGUGAGCACUCCAGACGGAUACCUCUUUGAACGAGCUGCGAUUGAGGACUGGACCAGCCAGCAUGGCUCCAAUCCGCUCACCGGAGCUCCCCUGAACAUGGACGACGUGACAGAGCGACAAGAUAUCGCCAGCUUGGUCCAGGGCUACCAGAUGCAGAUGCUUUCCGUGUCCCAAGUGGCGCCGGAAAACGUGGAUGGGCCUGGUGAGAAGGCCUGA